GCGGAAGUGUGACGAAGUCAGGAAGUCUGACGAAGGCGGAAGUUGCCGCCGAAAAAAGUCGAAAAAAGUUUUAAGUGUUCGUUUUCCUUAAUGGGCCAAGCAUACGACGGCUUCGAACAAGGAGGGCGCUCCACCGAUCAAUGUCAAUGCCGUUUGAUUCUUUCCGAUUAAAGACGCUGGUUCAGGGGUUCAAUCCUUCAGGUAAGCAUGAUAUGAUAACGAUGUGUGUGUUUCUCCCUGACUGUUCACUUGGAUUAUCUUGAAAAACACAAUGGAGGCACUCAAGUUGGUCGACAAUGUUAUCAUGCAAUAAAAUAUUAUCGGGUUAAUUGUAUCAGAUUGUGGCUCGAGAUUGUGCAAAAAUUAUGGCAUCGUUAAAAACAUCCAAUUUUUCACUUAUAACCUCAGACACACAAAAAAAAGUCCUGCUUUGGGUUUGUAUUGUUGAUUUUCAUGUUACUUGUAAGUGAUAUCAUUAUUAAUAUCUGUCUGUUGGCAUUUAUUUGUCUGGCAACUCAAGACAAAUUUAACAGACUUGUAAUGACUGGAAAGAAGAAAAUGUAAGAGAUAACAUCAAAAGGUCAUCAUCCAUCACUUUAACAACUCCCGAUUAAAAAAGGAAUAAGAAUAUAAACAUAUGCAAGUGCGCCAAGGCGCAAAUUUGGUUUAAUUACAUUUGUGUUCUUACUUUUGCUCACUUUGGCGGAAUUUGUUGGAUUUCUACCAAAAUAAAUCAAAACACGUUUUUUUUAAAUGCUUGGCUACAAGUUUCAAAAUAGCGCAAUAAUGAAACAAAAUAAGACGUUCGUUUCGUCUAAUUUUAUAUGUAUUUUUUUUAACUAGGCACGUUUCUUCCCAUUUUUCAAUUUUAUUACCCCCCCAAACUAUGUAAACUAUAAUGUUACGAAAUAGAAUACAAUGUAUUCUAUUUCGUAACAUUCAAUACACCAUAGUAAAACAAAAUCAACACAUAGUCGAAAUAAUUGACCCAGUUUUUAAAAACUGAAACUAACACAACUCACAUUUAGUUUCUUUAGGUGGAUUUUUUUUCUUAUUUAGUACGCACGGUUUUAAUCCAUAAUUUACCGCAAACUCCUAUUUAAAAAAAAUAAAGUAUGAAUUACGAUUGUAUAUAACACACAAUAGUUAUUUCAAAAAAAUUAAGGAGAUUGAAAAAUCACCCAAAAAAAACAAAUGUUACUAGUAAAACCUUUUCAGAAGUAUCUUUCGUAAUAAUUUCUUGAUUUUGUUUAAGAGGUUUGUAAAGAGUAACGUGGACACGCCAGAUUUUAAACGAAAUAUAUAUGAAACAUAAUAUAACGUUAAAGUAAAAUUGCAUGGACACGUUUAAUAUUCAACAUGGAUGGAUUAAUAUUUAAUCAAAUUCGUUUUAACGUCAACAAAAUAUGCCGCAUAUGAAUAAAGAUGUGUUAUGUAUUUUCAACGAAUUUUGGUUGUCAUUGGCUUUCUUAAUCAUCAACGGAACAAAUGUGCGUCAUUAAAGAGUGUUCACAAAGCAGUGAAAUUGUCCGAUUAAUUUUCCUCCACUAAUAAAAGCACAUGUUGAAUCGGCGAGGCCAAAUGUAGCAGUGAAAGCGUCAAAAAUGAUGAGCGCGCCACAGAAAAAGGGGUCAAGAGUCCCUGUGGAAGACUUUGAGGACCUUUUAGAGGUAUCAUGCACCGUGAUGCACCUUUACUGCUCCUUUUCUUUACAAUGCUGUAAAAGCAGUCAUAAAGUAAUACAUCGCACAAGACUGCUUGCAGCUUUCAACUGCCUCACUUGCUAAAUUUCCCUUUGCAUGCUCCGAGAACAUACUCAGGGUUCAACAUCCUCUCAUUGAAAUAAUAUUUUACCCAUAAUCCCAUUUACGCAUGUGCCCCCCCCUCCCCCCCCCCCCCCUCCUCCUCCACACACUUUUUUUUUUUGCACUUUUCCUGACUUAACCUAAACCAAAAUAUACGACACUGGAGCAGGCUGCUCGGACUGGGAGGAGUCUGUAAGCUGCCUGCUCUUUUAAUUGGCUGCGGGCUACAGUGAGAAGCGUGAGUAUCACUAAUUAUUCAGCAAUGUUUUGCACAAGAAAUGUCGGGCAGAUUGGGCGAUCUUCACCUUAGCACAGCCAUGACAUGCCCCAACAACCAGGCUGCCAACCCGUUUUUUGUGGACUCGCUAAUCAACGUAAGGGGCGAUGCCGGCUCGUAUUAUCACAGCAACGGCGUGUAUUUGCCCCCGGAAUACUCGUACGGACUCCCCGCUGGCUCCUCUUGCUUCCCCGGGAUCGCGAAGCGCACUGAGGGGAGCGCACCGAGCGGUAUUCCGCCAUCCGCGCCCUAUGCUCCUGGUAUGGAGACGUGGCUGGAGGCGUCUCGCUCCUGCAGAGUCGAGCAGCCUGGUGGGCAACAUCUGAGCCAGCAGUGCUCCUUCUCCGCCGCCAUAAAGGAGGAGAGCGCCUAUUGCCUCUACGAAUCUGACAAAUGCCCCAAAGGAGCCACGGUGGAGGACAUCUCCUUCUCCGGAGCGUCGUGUCCACCCACAGGCAGCAGCACCGUGCCGGUCCCCGGCUACUUCCGCUUAUCGCAGACCUACGCCCCCUCCAAGCUUUACCACCAAGCCCAACCGAGCGUGAAUAAUUUCCCACCGCAGCGACCUCCCCGUGCGCCCGCGCAGCCGGCUCCACCCGCUGUGGCCGCUUCCUCCGGGAAGCGGGAGAGCCACGAGGAGGCGCCCGCGUCCGAGCCCUGCGCCCCAGCUCGAGACCAAGACAGCCGGCUGUCAUCCGAUGGAUCGCCGUCGUCCCCGGAGCCUGCAGAUGCUUGUGGUGUGGAGUGUGAAGAAAAACCCUUGAAAGAUGCUGGCAAAAUAGAGAGUCCAGCGAACUGGCUGACCGCCAAGAGCGGCAGAAAAAAGCGCUGUCCAUACACCAAACAUCAAACUCUGGAGCUGGAGAAGGAGUUCUUGUUCAACAUGUACCUGACCAGGGAGCGGCGCCUGGAGAUCAGCCGCAGCGUGCACCUCACCGACAGGCAAGUGAAAAUCUGGUUCCAGAACAGGAGGAUGAAACUGAAAAAAAUGAGCCGUGAGAACAGGAUCCGGGAGCUGUCUGGAAACUUCGCUUUCACAUGAGACUUAGCGGACUCUCCAUCUCAGCCGACUGUGAGAAGAAACGGGACCCUCUAUAAUAGGCUAACUUAUUGAAUGUUAUGAUUUCCGCUUUUAAUCGUCGUGGAUGUGUAUUUAUAUAAAUGACGUUUGUAAUCGUGGUAUUUGAAAUGUUCAGAAUGUGAACGCAAUGUAUGUACAUAAUGUAAAGUGGAAGCAUAUGUGCAUGUAAAAUUAUACCCACUCGCUGUUACAGUAAGAAAUUGAUGAGUAUUUGCACACUUUUGCUGGUCAAUAUCUAAUAUUAUUAUUAAUAAUAAAAAAAAACAAUCUU